GUGGGACCAUCUGAUCUGCUGAGAUGCAGAGUGAGAGUGUGAUGGCAGCUCUGUCUGUGCUGACAGUCAACAUGUUACUGAGCCUCUUCUUUCCUGCAGCUGUUUCAGCUGAUCUGGCUGAUUGUGGUACAACAAAACCACUCCUUCAUAUCACAGCACCAGGGAGGAUGGAAGCUCUGAGUGGAUCUUGUUUACAAAUCCCWUGUACAUAUGAUUCAACAGAUACAAGUUAUGACAGCAACAAACCAAUCUAUGGAGUCUGGAGGAAAGGUUUUUGGAACAAAAACACUAUUUUCCACAGUGAUGGCUCAGUUAAGAUCUAUCCAUUGAACAUAACUGGAGACCUGAAGAAAAAAAACUGCACCACUCUGUUUCUUGAUUUAAACACAACUUAUUCAGACAAAUACUUCUUCAGAAUUGAGAGCAAAAAAUUCAAGGCAUCAGCUUGUGCUGAUUCUGUUCAGAUAACAGUUAAAGAUUCUGCUUGGAGUCCCAGCAUCAACAUCUCAGGUGAUGUGAAGGAUCUGAAGGAGAAGGAGUCUGUCUCUAUCAGCUGCUCAGCUUGGACUCCCUGUCCACUCUCACCUCCUGAACUCACCUGGAGUCUCCAACAAGACUCUCAGAGACAAACAGAGACAAACCCAGAUGGAACCUUCGUAACAAGACAGCAGAAACAAAUCUGACUCUCAGUGUUUCCUAUGCUCCUAAAGACACCUCAGCAUCCAUCAGUCCAUCAGGUUUGGUGUCAGCAGGUAGCUGGGUGGAGCUGAGCUGCUCCAGCAGAGCCAAGCCUCCUGUCAGAACCUUCACCUGGUUCAGGAACUGUACAGGUGGACCUGUUAAUGUGUCUGAAGGCCAUGUUUAUAAUUUCAGUGUCACAGAGGGAGGAAAGUUUUACUGUGUGGCUGUAAAUAAUCUGG